AUGCGAGGAAGGGAGAGAGAGAGAAUGCGAGGAAGGGAGAGAGAGAGAAUGCGAGGAAGGGAGAGAGAGAGAAUGCGAGGAAGGGAGAGAGAGAGAAUGCGAGGAAGGGAGAGAGAGAGAAUGCGCGUAAGGGAGAGAGAGAGAAUGCAAGGAAGGGAGAGAGAGAGAGAAUGCGAGGAAGGAAAAGAGAGAGAAUGCGAGGAAGGGAGAGAGAGAGAAUGCGAGGAAGGGAGAGAAUGCGAGGAAGGAAAAGAGAGAGAAAAGGAGGAAGGGAAAGAGAGAGAAUGUGAGGAAGGAACAGAGAGAAAAUGCGAGGAAGGGAAAGAGAGAGAAUGCGAGGAAGGGAGAGAGAGAGAAUGCGAGGAUUGGAGAUAG